UUGGCUCGGGUCACUCCUUGCAUGCCCUGGCGUCUGCGACUCGCAGCGUUGUUCCAGGUGCAAGGCUGGCGCGUGCCAUGGUACUUUGACUGCCGCCACAGCACAGAGUGGACAAACUUCAGAAAUGCUCUGGAAGUUCUGGAUGGUACAUACCAGGAGGAAGUAUUUUGGUGGGCACAAGCGUUACUCGAGAGGAUAGAGCCGAGUUUUCUCCGAGUUCAAAACACAGAUCACCUGUUUUUUCUUUGCAACCCAAAUGGUACGAUAGAGGAUGAUGACUGGGUACCGGUUCAGUCCGAUGAAGAGAGCAUCUUCAGAUUGAGCACGGGAACCAGCCAGUGGUCAAAUGAGGAGCGGGAACAGCGCAGUCACGCACUGGGCGAUUUUUGCUAUUUCGGAUAUAUGGCUGCGAUUGCCUAUCGAACCAGGAACACUGAUGCCUCCAUCGCUGGCAUUUUGGAAGGUCGGCAACAUGCCAUGCAAUUGCUGCAGAAUUUCUUGAUGAGUAGAGCCAAUUCCGUCGACUUCCUUGACUCUUCUGGCUGGCUGAUGACGCACGAGCUCGUGUUGAAGCACCUGUAUCCACCAGAUGGACCUCCAAGGAGAUGGGCGACGAUCGCGGACGAUCCAAGCAGGCCCGUCAACAGCUUGCAACUGGAGGCCACGAACAAGUUCUCAGAUGGGCUGCAAGCUCAACUCCACGUCGCGGCCAUUGGCUAUCACACCACGCUAGUGUUAGAGCUGAUCUCUCUUUGGGAGGAGUUUCUCUCAGACCAGCUGCGGUUGCAUUUUGCAGUUCAUGUUUUGGAACCAGGCCUGGGCGACGCAAGACAGGUUCGCGCUGCCAGCGUUUGCAAAGACUUUGAAGCAUACGGCGACCUUUGCGGUUGGGAUGCCCGCUUGUUGAGCCUGAAUCAAAAGCACAUCAAGCGUGUUAAACUGCCAAUCUCAGGGCUGCCAAGCCCGCAAAUCGAGGACCCAUCUGCCUUUGUUGAAGACUUUAUCGGCUUUUUUGCAGGCCUCGAUUCUGAUUCAUUCACCUUGGGUCAGACUGACCCGCGAAUUCAAGGCGCUGACCUACUUUUGUGCACAGAGCCGGCUUUCCUGUGCAACGCACUAGGUAGAUCUUUCCCACAUCGGCCAUUACUAGGCUAUUUCGCCAAUCCGCUGACGGCGUACGUUCCCGCUUUCGCUGCAGAGAGCUGGCUCCAAGACUUCGUCGCCUUGACAAAAGGUUUGGGACGUUCUGCCCCUUUUAUGGCUGUUGCAAGCACAAGGUUCCUGGGCGAACAGAUGCGGUUCCAGACCGGUGCUACUCGCGUGUUUGCUGCGCGACCACUGGCUGCCUACCUUGGUCCAGUGCGUGGAAGCAGCAAGGCAGAGGUUGUGGUGCUCCGCCAGCCGAGCAUGUUCUGGAAUUCCGCGUGUAUUUUGAACAGCCUGGUGCGGAUGAACAUGCAAGAGUUGCAGUCUAUGCAGUCUAUGCAGGCUGAGGGACUGAAAGCAACAAGCUUGCGUUUCACUCCCAGCGAGGAAUUGCCAGACGCAUCAUCGGAGGCAAUUGCAUCUUUUGCUGCCUGUGUCAUCUACCCGUACGAUGUGUCACAAAUGCGGCUGUACGAGCUCUAUGCAUUGUCUGUCCCGCUGUUCGUGCCGAGCCGCGCGCAGCUACCCAGCUACAUCUACCGGGGCUUGACAUCCAUCGAGGACUUUGAUCACGUGCUUCCUGACGCAGGAUUUCAAGGCGGCUGGCGAAAGUCCGACAUCGGGCCUCAUUUGGACUUCAACCCGUUUGACCGAGAAUGGCGAGCUGCUGAUGCAUGGACGCAGCUUACACAUUGGGUCAGCUUGCCGCACUUGGUGCGCUUCGAAAGCUCCGCGCAGCUUCUGAGCCGAUUGAUGCAGGAAAACCUUCGCAGCGUGUCUGCUGCUAUGCGGCGACAACAAGAGCGCGAUGUGAUUCGGGCAGUGCGCUUUUGGACGGCUGCCUUGAGCCACCUGGGGGAAGCAACCUAGACACUUGUCGAGCUUCGCCUGGAG